AUGGCUGAGCACGUGGUAUCAGUCCUCGGUGCGCUGGGAAGAGCGCGCGAGGCGGUGGAGAGCGCUCACAACUUCCCGACAACAAUUCAAGACCGUCUCGCGGGUACCGCAUCCGUACUUGAGCAACUCCAGCGCGACCCCCGGCAGGUGAACCGCAUCGGUAUUAGCCGCGAGCUCGGCCAGUUGGAAAACCUAGCUAUCCGCAUCCAGACGCUGGUGCAAGAUCACACGGCGUCGCCGACAGAUUCGUGUUGUAAGCGGUUGUGCAAAUCAAUCACCCGGUGCUCUCGCCACAAGGAGCUCGAGAAGCAGCUGCAGGGGAUCGACGGGGAUGUCCGUCGAGUUUUGGAUGCGAUUUCGGCCAAAGGGGCCACCGGUACAGUGUUGCCUCCAAGCUUACCGGACAUGGCUAAGGUUCCCGCAGAAGCGGUUGCCUUGUCCGACAGCUUGUACGUGGAGCGCGCUGCCGUACGAAAAGUUGCUGACGGUAUCACCAACCCAGAGGAGCCCCGUGCCCCCUACACGGUUUUCGGCAUGGGUGGAGGGGGGAAGAGCGUGUUGGCCUCUGCUGUCGUGCGCAAGUCGAGCGUGAGGGAGCACUUCCGUGGGGGUAUUUUCUGGCUGACGGUGGGGAGGGGUGCAAAGAAACGCCUUCUGCCUCUCCUCCAGGGCCUGACCGGGGAUAUGGGCGCAGCACCGACGGAUACUCCGCACGGGGUGCCGCACGUCCUGGACAGCCUGGAGCAGGUGCAGCGGCACUUGGGUGCAGUGGCAUCCACGGGCACCUCCCCACGCCUGGUGGUGCUGGAUGACGUGUGGGAGCGCGAGGUUGUGGACGCUCUUCUUCCUCUGGGAUUCAAGGUGCUGGUGACCACACGUGAUCGAUCGGUUGUUGGCGUGCCGACGAGAUGCUUGGAGCUGGGAGACAUGACGGAGGAAGAGGCGCUCGAGCUGCUGCUGAAGACGAGCGGGACUGUGGGACGACCUGGGGACUCUGUCCGGACGGUGAUGACUAAGGUUGUUACGCUUUGUGGACGUCUCCCGUUGGUGCUCGCCAUCGCGGGAUCCCUGCCCGUCGUGAAAGGGAAGGGCUUGACCGCCGGCGCUUGGGGAAAGCUGAUCGAUGAGUUGGAGAAUGUGGUCACAAAGAUGGAGGCUUCCCUCGAGGACUCGAAUAGCCUUAAUGUCGUCCUCGAGACCAGCUUCGAUGCCUUGACAUUCAGGAAGAAGCAGGCGUUUAAGAAGACGGCUGUGUUGGCGCCGGGCGCCGUUGCGUCGACGGAGAUGCUACUGAACCUGUGGGAGACAGAGGAUACGGGGGGGACGCGCGAGGAUGCUGAGGGUCUGGUGAGCAAGUGCCUACUACAAGAUGUUGGUGGUGGUGGGUACCGCGUGCAUGACCUUGUCCUGGACUUCGUGAAAAUCAAGAUUAAGGCAGACAUGGAAAUGGCGAAAAAGAUUGCCGCGCUUCAGGCGCAGUUCCUCGGAAGGCUUAACGUGCUGAAGAGUUACGAACACCCAGAGCAUGGUGCUGGCAACCAAGGCUUGUUCGUUUUGGACGCCCUCUGGCGCUCGGUGGAGCAGCUCUCUGGAGACCCGAAACUAGAAGUUCCCUCGUACAGCACCAGCCUCGCGGCGUUGGAGUCUUGCGAGGCGACUACGGUGGUGGCUAGUUCCUACUCGUCUGUCGGUUUUUUGUUCAGCAUUCAGGCUAUACAAGAGCAGAUCUUGGGUCCGGAGCAUUUGGAUGUGGCUAUGUCGCUCAUCAACCGGGCGCAGUUGUUGAGAGCGCAGGGCAACUACGACGACGCUGAACCGCUGUAUGAGCGGUCACAGGCCAUCCGAGAGAAGGUGCUAGGUCCGGAGCAUCCGGAUGUUGCUCAGUCGCUCAACAACAGGGCGCUGUUGUUGGAGAGUCAGGGAGCUGUUGAAGAAUCAGACGACUUUGUGACCCUGCCCACGUACAUCCAGGGCGAGUACGCGGAAGCUGAACCUCUAUAUGCGCGGGCCACUGAGAUUUGGGAGAGGGCGUUAGGUCCCGAGCACCCAUUGGUGGCAACAGCGCUCAACAACCGGGCGGGGUUGUUGGAGAGGCAGGGCAAGUACGACGAAGCCAGGCCGCUAUAUGAACGUUCCCUUGCCAUUCGCGAGAAAGUAUACGGGCCUGAUCAUCCUGCGGUGGCAACAGCGCUCAACAACCGGGCGGGGUUGUUGAACGCCCAGGGCAAGUACGCUGAGGCACAGCCCUUGUUCGAAAGAGCCCUAGCCAUCAGAGAACGUGCUCUGGGGGUGGACCACCCGAGCACGAUCACGUCUCGUGCGUGGAUGGCGGACUUGUACCAGAAGCAGGGUUUCCUGGACAAGGCUUCUCCUCUGUUGGAGGAGGUUGUGAGCGCUCGUGAGCGUGUUCAAGGACGUGACCAUCCGGAUGUCGCUUCAGCGCUCAACAACCGGGCGGGGUUGUUGAAAGAGCAGGGAAAGUAUGAGGAGGCCGAGCCUCUGUACAAGCGCUCGCUGGCUAUCGACGAGAAAGUGUACGGUCCUGAUCAUCCGGAGGUCGCGACAGAACUCAACAACUGGGCGUGGUUGUUGGAGAGUCAGGGGAAGUAUGUUGAGGCCGAGCCGCUGUAUGGGCGGGCUACCGCGAUCUGGGAGAAAGCGCUAGGUGCUGACCACCCAACAGUUGCCACCGUGCUCAACAACCGGGCGCGGUUGUUGCAGAGCCAGGGCAAGUACGACGAAGCCGACCCUCUCUAUCUGCGAGCUAUUGAGAUUGGGGAGAAGACGCUGGGCCCUGACCAUCCAGCUCUUGCCACCCGACUCAACGACAGGGCGGAGUUGUUGAGGCUUCAGGUGCUCAACAACCGGGCCUCCGUAGGGCGACUGUUUUCAUCCUUGGUCGACCACUACCUCACAGGUACCACUCUUUUCUUGCAGGGCAACUACAUGGAGGCGGGUCCGUUGUGCGAACGGUCUCUGGUCAUUCUAGAAAAGACGCUUGGCCCGGAACACCCGGAUGUGGCUCAAUCGCUCAACAACCUGGCGGAGAUAUCAAGGGCUCCGGGGGAUUACGGUAAGGCAGGUCCGUUGUACGAGCGGUCCCUGGCCAUACGAGAGAAUGCCCAAGGUCCUGAGCAUCCAGAUGUGGCCCAAUCGCUCAACAACCUGGCGGAGUUAGCAAGGGCUCAGGGCAAGCACGGGGAGGCGGGUCUGCUGUACGCACGAUCGCUGGCCAUUCGAGAAAGGGCUUUGGGUCCAGAGCACCCGGAUGUGGCACAGUCGCUCCACAACCGGGCGUGGUUGUUAGAGAGUCAGGGCAAGCACAACGAGGCGAUUCCACUUCUAGAGAGGGCAUCCUCCAUCCGAAGGAAGAGGCUGGGGGAGGGUCACCAUUACACAGUCGACACUCAGAUCACGCUUGAGCGUGUUCGAAAACAUGUUCGUGAUUCGUGAAGAGACUAACUAGUCGCGAGGGUACACUGCACCUCGAGGAAGCCUGGCACCCAAGAAAAUGCUUCGUUUCGUUUCGUGUUGUGACGGGCAGAGUGAGCACCAGAUCGAAGGGCGCUGCCUGUGACAGUGCUCACUUCACAAACUCGACGAAAAACAGGGGCAAGCUCCUGUGCUACAGGACGUAGAUGUACCAUUGUUUUAUGGUUGUUCGGUAUUGAUUGGUGGUGGUCGCGCUUUGGCUGAUGCUGGUACAGCGAUUGGUCAUUGGUUCUCCAUUGUAUUUCCAUCGGCCUUUUCUUGAAAUGCGUGGGCGAUAUGUCUCCUAGUCACGACGUAAAAAUGCUUUGAAUUGAAACCACAUGUUUACCAUGUAUCCAGAUGCACAUAGCACCAAAUGAAUCCGAUUCAUGGUAAGAUUUCAUCAUGGAGCGCUCAGUGGCGGCUCAAGUUUCGUAAGCGUGGCGGAGCAGCAAACCACAAGCAGUUUGCGAUAGUCCAGAAAGCGUUGGCGUUGUAUCGCGGUAUAU